GGGGAGUGGGAGCAGGAGAGAAAAAAACCCUGCUGGCCGUAGCUUGACUGGAGUGUUUCUCUGCCUGGUGUGGCAUUCACAUCCUAACGCUCAUGUGGUAACAUCCAGCAUCGCUUGGCUCCCCCUGCUCACUGGCCUGAUUCCAGGGAUUUGAAGGAGACAGACUGAGAAAGAGAGUCAGUGUGCAUGUAUUCUGGAAAGAGAUAAGUGAAGUAGGAGGGAAUAAGACCAGAGGCCCGGAGAAGAGAAGAAAGGGAGAAGCAGGUGAGAAAGCAAACUGUCGAAAAAGUCUAGAAUCUAGAAGAACCAGCAGUGAAGAAACACUGAUUAGCCGACUAAAUCCACUGACAUGGCAGCCAUGGAAGCACUGGAAUCCUCAAGUGCCCAGCUGGAGCCUCAGACCCUCACUGAGAUCUCAGAUGACGAGGUGAACCUCCCACCCUCAGAUGACGAAGAUGAUGCCCUCACUGCAGCCAAGAAAGAGCUGUCCACCAUGGGCACUGAGGGGGAUGCAGCCGAAGACAAGGAUGAGGCAGGAAAGCACGACCAGCAGGUGAAUGGGGUCAUGGUGCUGUCUUUGCUCGACAAGAUCAUCGGGGCGGUGGACCAGAUCCAGCAGACCCAGAGCGGGCUGGAAGCCAGGCAGCAGGAGAUGGAGCGUUCUGUGACUAGCAUCCAGGGUGAGCUGACCAAACUGGCCAAGAGUCACAGCACCACAUCUAAUAGCGUCAAUAAGAUGAUGGAGAAGGUGCGCAAGGUGAGCGUCAACGUCAAGACGGUGCGGGCCAACCUGGAGAAGCAAGGAGGACAGAUCAAGAAGCUGGAGAACAACGAGGCUGAGCUGCUGAAGAGACGCAACUUUAAAGUCAUGAUCUACCAGGAUGAAGUGAAGGUUCCCUCAAGACUGAGCGUUUCUAAAUCCAUGAAAGUUUCUGAGUCUGUGUCAGGGAGCAGAGGAGGCAGCCUGCUAGAGCUCAAGGAAGCUGCGGAGGAGCCUGGAGAGGAGGGAGGAGAAGAAGAGAAGGAAGACAAACCUCAUGUAGACCUCUCAUCAGAUGAGGAAGGGUUUGCAAUUGAAGAGACCAUAGAGGAGUCUCGUGCUGAGCGCAUCAAGCGUAGCAGCCUGCAGCGUGUACAAACCCUGAAGACAGUCUUCUCAAAAGAGAAGAUGGAUAAGACCAGAGCAAAGACCAAAGAGAACCUUGAGAAGACUAGACAAAAAACCAAGGAGAACCUGGAGAAGACAAAGCAGAAGACAAAAGAUAACCUGGAAAAGACCAGGCAGAAAACCAAGGAGAAUUUAGAGAAGACCAAGCAGAAGACCAAGGAAAACCUGGAGAAGACACGCCACAACAUUGAGAAGAAAAUGGGAAAGCUUGGAACGCGCAUGAGUGUCAACCCUGAACGCAAGCAGAAGAUGCAGACAUCCCGUGACAAAAUGAAGAAGGCCUUCACGCCAGACCAUGUCGUUUAUGCCCGGUCCAAGACUGCGGUAUACAAGGUGCCCCCUUUCACCUUCCACGUCAAGAAAGUCCGUGAGGGCGCUGUUGAGGUGGUCCAAGGCACAGAGAUGGUGGAGGUGUCUCAAGAUGCUGAGCACUUCAGUGGGGUGGAUGGGGAUGUUGAGGAGGGCGCAGUUGAGGUUGAGAUGGAGAUGAUGAAUGGUGGAGGCGAUGAGGAAGAGGCUGAGGAUGAUGAAGAGGAAGACAGCCAAGAUGUCCUUCAGGAGAAUGAAGACAGAGAUAGAGACAGCGACUAGAUAAAGGAAUUUGCCAUGAUCCCAAGAAAAUCCUUGGCACCAACCCUGAGGUUCUUUUGUAAAAACAGAAUAAAUUGAGAUCGCUAAAGAAUAAUUACAACUUGGGUCUUAUUUUUAUAAUUUUGGCCAUUAUUCCAAUCAGUUACGAUAACUUUGUACUCACCCCAAAAAUGGGUUGGACUUAGGGAGGGUCACCUCUGCAGUUCCCUUAGAUAUGUGCAGAGUUUCUUACAUCUUUAUGGUGGUGAUUUUAGGUUUUCAGCCCACAACUUUUUCUUUCAGUCUAGCCGUUCUCAUCAAUCUAGUCUCCAGCAGUAAGAACAACCUACUUUAGGUCAAAAAGUUCAGAUAAACCUAAUGUACACUACUUGCCCAGCACCAAGCAGCAAACAGACACAGUUAGAGACUAGCUGGUGAACAUAGUGGAGCAUUUAGCAGCUAAAGAAUGUGAUAUUUUUCUUAAGAGUUUGUAGAACCCCAACCAAAGCGAAUUGGAGUAUUGGACACAAACACUACUCCAAAUUGAAUGCUAGAAAAGAAAACUCUUUGCUAACACGUCUGCCACAUCAACUUUAUAUAGUGAUGACAUGUCAAGGGCGUGUUUACAGCAAGUUGUGCUGCCAUUAAGUGGACAAAAAGUUACCAAAAAGCAAAGGCUUAGGAAAACUGUACACAUUGAGAGUGGAAGGAACUGGGAAUCAGUGGGUGCCCAGUACCAAGCUAUUUUUUCCUCAGGUUAAUCUGACCAUGGGCUUCUGCACUCCCAGAUCACCAGUCAACUUGGUCAAGACAGUGUUUUAUUACCAAUAGGAAUGAUGACCAAAACUACUGAAAUAAAACUGAAGUUAUAAAAAAAAUGGAAUAAUCAUUUAACAACUUACUUUUACUUUAUUUGACUACAGGUUGUGUUCUUUAAAACAACACAAUAAAAAGGUUAACUUGAAAACCUUUCCAUAUUUGCAAAAGCACCAUAAGGGUUGUUCAAAGUCCAUUUGUAUUCGGAUGGUGUACGUGAUCAUGAAAAUGGAAAGAAAAUAAAAUGGGAAGAGGAAACAGGAAAUAACUUUGUUGUGGGAGGGGCUUUUGAAAGGGGGUGGGGCAGUGGCAGAACUGACACAAUAAUGAAAUCAUUAGGAGGGGUCACCCUCACUCCCAUUGUAAGAAAAUUUAAUUUGUCAGCAUUUCUUUUCCUGUUUCAUUUUUUAAAAUCAAGACGCUAAUCACUCACACCUAGUGGGAUGAGAAUAUGGAUACGACUCGUCUCCUGUCCACUGAUUUUCAAUUUGUUGAACGUAAAGAAAAAUUAUCUCAUGGGCCGUGGGUAGCAGAUUCCUAAUGGCCAAAUAAUUCAUUAAUACACUGAGUAUAUAUCCAUGCUUAUCCAGAAAUGUCUUGUUUUUUUAGAAAUAUUUUACAUAUCACAGAUGCAAAACUAUACCCUCCACCCCAUUCAUUGUUCAGCGGUUUAAAUACUGGGUUAUAUCUUCCUCUGCUUACUUUAGUCAUUAUUUAGAACCGCAGUGAUUCUGUUGUAAUUUCAAGGUUUUGAUGAGUUCACAGUUAAAAAUGUGUGUAUGAUUUUGUAUGUGAUCACAAUUUACACUAAUGUCCUCUCCAAUAUUGACAGAAUGUAGCCUCAUUGUUGUCAUUUCUGCACACCUUGUUUCAUGCUUAUGUUACAUUUUAUUGCCAGUGUUCCCAACAAAUAACCAGCACCCAUGAAAAUGAAGGUCUGCAAAAAACACAAGGCAGAGACAGCUCAUUCAUAGGUCCAUUGCAUUUCACUUACCAGUAGUAUUCAUUUUGAUUAUAUUCUCAUGAGAACUUUCUUCUUAUGUGCUAUUUAAAGAUGUGUUUCAUAAAUAAACUGAGAUAAGGACCAAUACUUUCAGCAAGUCUCACUAACCUCUAGUAGAACCAGUUUAGGCUCUUAUCAGUGCUGUGUACUCUCGGUCCAGUCUAUUCACAAGAUUAAUUUCAAGUGUGUGUUAUUGCUGUGGUCUGACACUGACCCCUAGUGUCCAGCCAUCUCACUGUCACUUUCUCUGCUCCAAAGUAUUAAAUGUGCAUUUCUCCACAUCUCCAAACUGUUCUCCACACAGGUUUUCCUUUAUUGUCCACAUUUACUUGUUUGUAACAAGAUGUAUAAAUGUGUUUUAUAUAUUCGCCACUACUGGUGGUAUAUCAUGAGUGCCUUCCAAGAAUCAAUUCAAGAACUAAUGUUUGUCACUCUUGAAUGUUCUGCUCCAGCUGCAUUUUUAUAGCAAGAUAAAUUUCCAUCCACCUAUGCAAACUAGUCCUGGUCAGGGUAACAGGAGCUGGAAUCUAUCCCGGCAUACUGAAGGUCAGCAUUCUAUCAAAGGGUUAACAUAGACAGACACAUUUGUGAAUGUUGUGAGAAAAUACAGUUUUAUAUAACUGAGUGCCAAAGUUGCCAAGUAUUUGUACUGUCAAAGUGUUCUUUCUCGCUCAGACACGUCACAGUUUUGCUUGUGUUAGUAUUUUUUGUAUAUAAUGUGAAUCACUGCUGAUGCAGAUCAUCAUGCAUUUUGAUUUAAUUUCCAGAGAUCCUCUUGCCUUCUGUUGCCUCUUCUGCAUUUAGAACAGCCACUUGCGCCAAAUAAUUUUGAUGCUUGCACAGAUUUCACAGAACAACAAGUGACCUUCUACAUGUAAACAAGCAUAAAAUAUUCUAGCUUUUUGAUGCACAACUGUGGAAGAGAAUUCUUUCAGUGGUUUAUUUCUCAGGCAUUCAAAGGGGAUUAAUGUCUGUCAAAGCACUAACAACAUACAGCUGUGCUGAGGCCUAUGUCAAUAGAACACAAAAUGUAGUUCAUACUUAACUGUUUCCUUGCUUUUGUUUUGUUGGUAACUGAUUCCUGUAUAAUGUUUAAUUGCUUAACCACUAAUGAUUUAAAUAAUAAAAGCUAUUUGGUUCACA